AUGGCUUUCCCAGUCACAACAGCAAUCGUCCUCUUCACUCUCCUCAACACCGCAACCGCCUCUCCCCUCACGAAGCGCGACGCCGGCUACGCGAUCCCCGAGGGCGCCAUCAUCCUCCUCAUCCUAUUCGGCGCGGGCUUGCUCGUCUGCAUGGGCUACGCCAUACACAAGACCUUUGGAUUCAGAAGAAACCCUAAUGAGUUCAGACACAUGAGCGCAGAACAACAAGAGUACAUGGCCGAGGUGCGGGUCAGGAACAUGCAAGGGUUGAUGGCGGAGGGAGCGAAGAAGUUGGAGGCAGGUUGGUGUGAAGAUGCGUAA